CGGAACGAAUGCCGAGUCCAUCUUCUCUCGCAGGGCCCGAUUUCCCUGGCGGUGUUCACGUCGACGCCGGCGAACGCGAACGCGACCUUGCGCGUGAUCGCGUGCCUCCGAGAGAUCCACCCGGUCGUGUCGGAGAACGUGACUUUUCACCUCGUUUUCCCCGUCCGACUGACGGCGGACGAGCCGGACGUCCAGACGCAAGCCUUCGAGGAGAAACUCCCGUGCCGAUCGGUCCUGGCUGCGGUGGCCGCGGCGCAGAACGCGAGGACGAACUACGCCCGUCGGGACGUGCAGUACCCGCACAAUCUGCUGAGGAACGUGGGUCGGAGGGCGGCACGGACCGAGUUCGUGUUCGUCGUGGAUGCGGACUUUCUUCCCGAUCCGGGCAUGAGGGAGGAUUUCCUGCGAUUCGCUAAGAGGGAACGCCUCUUCUCUUUGGAGGCGGCGAGGCAGAAGAUCGCCUACGUCGUUCCCGCGUUCGAGGCGAGGGAGGGAGUCGCCGUCCCGAGAAACAAGUCGGAACUCCUCGAUCUCUGGGACGGAGGUCUCAUCCGACCCUUCUACGCCGCCAUAUCCUCGCUCACGCAGGGACCGACGGACUACCAGAGGUGGAGACGACUCCCUCCCACGGAGGGGAUCGCCGUCGCGUACGAGAUCCAGUGGCAGUACAUGUACGAGCCCUUCGUGAUCGUCAGGAAUUCCGCGCCCCUCUUCGACGAACGGUUUCGGCAGUACGGCUGGGAUAGGGUCAGUCAGGUGAGACUUCCCGCCCUUUUUCUCUCUCUCUGGUUCUCGGAGGGAACCUCCGGGAAGUGCUUCCAGGGUGUGCUUCCGGGAAGUACAUCCAGGAAGUUCUUCCAGGAAUCCCAGGAGACGCCCGACUCGAAGCAACACACGAAAAACGCAAACGAAGACUCCGCCGAGGCGACAAACGACGUCACGACCGAUACGACCCCGGUUAUCACCUGCCGACUCGCACGCAGGAGACGGGGAAUUUUUUUCCUGCGUCAUCCCCGUGACUCACGCCAUACUCCGCGUCGCCACGGGAAAUUCUCCAGAAAUUACUUCGCUGAGAGUAAACAAACUAAUAAACAGGUCUAAAACGCUAUUUUUUUAUCUCCACAUUCCGGAGCGUCACUCACUCGAUCCAGACGCAAACUAAUAUAAUUUAAAAUAAGUUGCAUUGCUUAUUUACAUCUCGGAGCUGUUUCUCACGAAGAUUCAAAGUCUCAACAAUUUGUUAAUUCUCAAAAUGACGCAAAAUCUCGGUAGAUCGCAAAAAAAAAUAAGCUAAAAAAAAAUUAAGAGUGAAUUGAGGCGAAACCUGUUUUGAAUUGCGAUGCGAAAUUGAAAAGUCAAGCCACCCCAU